AUGGCUGACCUAGCAAAAACCGCAUGUUGUCGGUGUCGCGAGCAAAAGCUCAGAUGUUCACGUGAAAUUCCCAGCUGCUCCAGAUGCACGAGACUUGGUGCUGUUUGCGAGUUCCCAAAGCCACCGGAUCGCAAAGUUCUGGCCGCAUUUCGAGCCCAACCCAAAAAGAGGAAAUUAGAACAUCCUCCUUCAGAGCUUCAGCGCAGCAACAAUGAUACAUCGCCCGCCAGCUCUGGUUCGCCAGCACACUCAUUUCAUCCCAGUGCUAAAGACUACGAUGCCUCUUCUACCAGUGGCAAGCAAGACAUUCAAUUGUCAACCCCAGUCCAAGAACUCCUCCAGGAGGUCUACUUUACUUGCAUGUUCAACUCUACCCUGAUCUUUCAUCGACCCACCUUUUCGAGGGGUUUCGAGGAGAAGAAACUCCCUCGCUAUCUGCUUCUUGCGAUGUAUGCUUCUGCCACAACCUUUUUGCCAUCGUCGUCAUCUCUGGCCAAGCGCCAUGCUAGCCUUCUCCGACCUCUAGGUGAUAUACAAGCUAUGGGUAGGCAAUGGGCUCUUCAGGCUGGGAAAGAAGUUCUGCAAGAUAUCGAUCAACCCUGUUUCGAAAGCGUUCAGACUUGCGAAGUCCUUACGCUAUAUUGGUUUUCUGCCGGUGACUCGAUGCGAAAUACAAUGUUCCUAGGAAUUGCCUAUAUGACAGCCUGCACUUUGGGCCUCGAUUUCAGAAAUUCAACACCCUCUCUACCAGCGGCAGAUUCCAACAGGGCACCUGACGAGGAGUGGCUCGAUGCAGAGAAGAUGCGACGUUGCUUCUGGGCUGUAUGGUUCACACAGUGUAUCAAUGCAGACCACACCUCCAUGAGGUCCUACUAUAUCGAUCGUAUUAUGGACUUGCCUCUUCCUAUCGACGAAACUUACUUCAGUCAGAGAGUGCGACCACAGUCAUACACGUUUGCCAACGUGCUCAAUCGAUCGACCAGUGUAGAGCCCAGGCACCCUGAUAAUACGAGUAUAAUGGCGGAGCUCAUGAUUUUAAUCCUACACUGGUCCAAGAUACGGGAUCUCAUUCGAGCGACCAAUCGUAUUCCAAUAAAAGACUGGCUGGCAGACCUAUUUGAGCUAGAAGGCCGUCUCUCAAAGUGGUACGAACAAGCAUCACCAUCAUUUGGAUACUCAAGGAGAAAUCUUUAUGAGCAGCUUGUUAUCAAUCAGCAGCCAGUAUACAUCUUCAUUCACGCCUUGUACCACCAGUGUCGGCUAGUUCUACAUUCAUCGCUGGUACCACAAUUCAGUGGUCUUCAGUUCGAUGAAAGACCCCCCUCUGAAGUCACCAGCCUCAGUGCUCGCAUUGCACUCAAAAGUACCCAAGCCCUCUCAGCGUUGAGUGCAGAUCUCAUCGCACUGGACUGGAACCCUGGUCAGAUCCCUGCCUUUGUCGGAUACUGCAUGUACGUGUCCGCUUCUAUCAACAUUGCUCUCCUCUACGCUCGAGAUGCAACUCUUGCCGUGGUGGCACGUUCCAACCUCAUCUCCAAUGUCAGACUACUCAAGCUGAUGAAGUUGUACUGGACAAACCUGGAGCGACUUUGGGUCCGAGUUAACGUGCUUUAUGGGACACAGCUGUCCAGGCACCGGAACAUGGCAACCGACGGACCAGCCUGGACCGCCGAUUCAGAGACUGCCCUCAGCGAUCUAGACCGAAUCGCCGCCGAGAGUAGAGACACGGGGCAGCUGACUGAACCACUCGCUCAUUCGGUGUUGGAAUAUGGCCUUCGAAAGCUGACCCCAAGCACAAAGACCGAUACUAAUGCAGGUCGAGACCAAGAAAGAUCCUCAUACCCUGACGACUUGGCGAAACUGAUGGACGAGUCCCUUGACAUUCCAUUGGCUCCAGCGAGUGCGACACCCACUCACCCAUUUGCAGCUGGAGUAGAUCAGGGCCAGCCCAGCGGCUCUCUAGGCCAGCCGCUUAAUGGGGACAGCUGGGACAGGGCCAGAACUCCCGUGUUUCCAUUUCUACAAGGCAACGAGUAUGACUCUUGGCAAUUCAACUUGAACAGCAUUCAAGACCCCACGAUGCCAUAUGAUGACUUCCUCGGCAUAGACUUCAGCUUCUGA